AGCAUUGGAACAGGGACUUCCCUGAGCCUCCAUCAUCUACAGAGAGAGAAAAAAAACACUCUCACACACACAGCCUCCCAAGCACACACACACACACGCGCACACACGCACACUGUGUUGAGAGCUAGCAAGGGGCUUUAAACAGCUUUACACUAAACAGAGACAAAGGGACUGUAAGUUGCCACAAUGGAGGAAAACAUGGAUGACUCACAAAGCCAGAAAGGUUGUAAGGAGUGCUGUGAGCGCUGCGUGGGCAGUCUGCCCUGGGCCUCCCUCAUCGCUACGGUCCUCCUCUACAUGGGCGUGGCCUUGUUUUGUGGGUGUGGCCACGAGGCUUUGAGCGGCACCGUCACCAUCCUUCAGAACUACUUUGAAGUCAUCAGAGCCCCGGGAGAAACACUGGAUGUGUUCACCAUUAUCGACAUCCUGAAGUACAUCAUCUAUGGCCUGGCAGCUGGAUUCUUUGUGUUUGGAGUGCUGUUACUGGUGGAGGGCUUCUUCACCACCGGAGCCAUCAGGGAUCUCUAUGGAGAGUUCAAAAUCUCUGCGUGUGGACGCUGCCUCACUGCAUUCCUCAUUUUCCUGGCCUACCUGUUCUUCCUGGUUUGGCUCGGAGUGACAGCAUUCACCAGCCUGCCAGUCUUUAUGUACUUCAAUGUUUGGUCCAUGUGUCAGAACACCAGCUUGGUGGAGGGAGCCAACCUCUGCCUGGACCUGCGUCAGUUCGGAGCGGUGGCCAUCUCUGAGGAGAGAAAGGUGUGUACAGGAUCUGAGAAGUUCUUCAAGAUGUGUGAAUCCAACGAGCUGGACUUGACCUUCCAUCUGUUCGUGUGCACACUGGCAGGAGCAGGAGCUGCUGUCAUCGCCAUGGUCCAUUUCCUGAUGGCGCUGGCGGCUAACUGGGGCUACCUGAAGGACGCCAGCCGGAUGCAGAAGUACGAGGACAUCAAGUCCAAGGAGGAGCAGGAGCUGCACGACAUCCACUCCACACGCUCCAAAGAACGUCUCAAUGCCUACACAUAAACACACACACACACACAUAUACAGACACACACACACACACACACACACACACACACACACACACACACACACACACACACACACACAGUACAUACAUGAGUGAUAAAACAACAGAAACAUACUUUCAAAGACAGGAGAAGGCAGGGAUGAGUUGAUGACAUAAAAAUGAUAAAACACAGACACCAUGCAGUAGAUCAUUGGCUCAGGUGAUCUAUGCUAACACCUUAGCAUCCGCUAUGUUGCUUUGCUCCACUUUGAUUAAGCCGGACUUUUAGCUUUCCCUUCAGAGUGGAAACAAGCGAGAGCACGGUGCUGCUGACGGCAGACUGCUGAAACUCCAUCAUUACAUCAUUUCUCAAUUUAAAUGGUUCCAGAUAGGAAAUCUGGCUGAAUCAACUUUAAGGAGUUCAUAAUAUUUCACUCUGAAGAUUUCUUCUAUAAAGGCCUAAAUGGAUCAGGCCCGGCCUCAGCCUUUUUGGGCCCUAAGCUUUCCUUCCCCUUCAACUCCCCAGAGUAGCUUUGCAGUGCGUCAGUGUGCAGAAACAUCAGCUGAAACUGGCCUGACAUCACAGACAGAAAGUCAAAUAACCAUGGAAGAGGUAACAAACUAACAAAACAGUACAGUGCAUGUAUAAAAAAAAAAAAGCACACAAAACAUACAAGAUGAUACGGGUUUUAGAAAGAGAAGCAGUGAACAGAAGAACCCAAAGUGUUCCAAAUGUUAAUGUGCUUUAUGGUCCCUGGGGGCCCUCAGCGUCUGAUUAGUUUGAUACGUUUGGCCGGCUGUGCUUUUUCCUUUUAAAAAUGCCAAGAUUACCCGAAAAAAGGGUGGUUGUGUCAGUGUUCCUGGCUAACCAUUGGUCACCGUGCUAAACUGUGACAUCACAGCUGUUAGCAUGGCAUGCUGCAGUCAACGAUCUACAGCAGACACACACACACACACACACACACACACACACACACACACACACACACACACACACACACACACACACACGGUCGGUGUUGUGCAGCCAGUGUUCUAUGGUGGUGUCGUGUCGUGUCACCACAUUAUGAUAAGGUGUAUUGCAGAGAAAGACGCUCUCCAAGGAAACGUGUACCCGGGUACAGAUGGGUAGCUUUGAUAACCCCCCCCCCUCCAACCCUUCCUCUUUCUCUGCUACGGUACCUCUUCUACCUGAGCUCAGUUUCAUUAGCAGUUCCACAUAUUCCUGUUAAACAUGAUCUCACAGCCGGCUUUUGGAAAUGAAACGCAGGCUUAAUAGUUUCAUGUAAUAAUGAUAAUGAAAGUGUAUUUUGAUUGAGAAAAAACGCAGAUGAAGAUGAUGUCAGAAAUUAUCUUAAUUUCCAAAAAUAGCUCUAUUUGUACUUUAUAUCACACGUCGGGCUCGUUAAGCUCACUUAAAAUUUCAGAAUAAAAGCAGCUGAGAUGCAGACGGGAACUGAAACGGCUAAUGAAACGGGGCUUCAUCCCGUCAGUGGAAACUGGGGAUCUGUCCUCAGAAACAGCACAUCUUUUCAGCACAAUCUUUUUUACAUGUGUCAUGUUUUUAUCAGUCUGAUAAAUAAUGUUUUUUCUCACUUUUUGGAAUUUUGCCACAUUUUUAUCAGUAUUAUUUAUGUGUAAUUUCAACAUUGGGGUACUUAUAUGGGGCAGGUGUGUGUGUGUGUAUGGGGGGGGGGUUGGGUAACAUCACUUUCACAUUUUCAUGUUAUGAUACUAUAUUUCAGUGGUUUUGCACACACACACACACACACACAUACACACACACACACACACACACACGCGUAUACAUCAAUCACCUUUAUAAUCUCUGAUUGUCUUGUUUUAUUUUUUAUAACUUUCUUUCAACCAGCCCUAAUGUGACCAAAAUGAACACUUCUUAGUAAGUUGUGUUUGUCGUUGGUGACAUGCCCAGAUGCAUUGUGGGUGCUGUGUUGGUUGUGCAGGUUGUAAAGGCUGAGCUGGUUGUCCUUCUAAUGAAUAGUUGGGUUGAGUUGCUGAGGUGUUUGAUAUGAGAGAUGGGAACAGUGAAUCAGAGGCGCUGAAAGACCAGGUCCCUAUUCAGCAUGUCACAUGUAAAAGAUGUGAAUCCUCAGUGGCCACGGGGAACGCCCGGGAUGUUUGUGUCAUACGUAAAGUUGUGUUGAGCCAGCAUUAGAGGGAGAGGAUUGGUCCAGCUGUGUAGGGAAGAGAAGACUCUCUAUCUGCCAGUAGAGACGUCAUUACUGUACUGUGGAAUGACAUUAGUCAUUACACACACACACACACACACACACACACACACACCGCCAUUGCUCUGAGCUGUAAUUAUUUCACCAAGAACAUUUCACUAUUUUAUUAUCAACUUUUAAUCUAUGAGACUUUUUAAAUGUGAAAUUAUUGAUUAUUAGGGGGAAAAGUAAAUGUUCUUUUUUUCUUUUUCCUUUUUGUGGGCAGUAUUAAGCACUGUACCUACAUCAACUCUGUAAAAAGAUAUACAUAUAUAUGUGAAACAGUGGAGGUGAGCAGCCGGAGAAGGAUGAUCUGUUGGUGAAACGAGUCUGGAGGAGCCCAACACACACACACACACACACAAACACACACACACACACACACACACACACACACACACACACACACACACACACACACACACACACACACACACACACACACA